UAUUCUUAAUGCAAGUGAGCGACCAGCAAACACAACAACUAUUAAUGACAGCAACUUUGAAAAAUGGAUAGUUAGAGUUUUAUACAUCUGAUUAAUAUGAUGAAUAUAUGAUUCCUCCAAACUACACGAUCGCUUAGCAACAUUAAGUAAUUUUACAAUCAAUUUCUAGCUCGCCUGUAAAGUAGGUAUUCCUAACCCUUAUAAGGAAGGCGAGACAGUUAAUAUUUGUCCAUGUUGCAAACAACAAAUCGUAAUAUUAUACCAUGAUUAUUUUAGCAAAAAACACAAAUUGAUUUAUAGAGAGAUGAGAUGGCCUUUUCUUUCCUAGGUUCAGGCUAUCCACUAUAUUUUAAUUUCAUCAAAUGUUGUCUUAUGAUUGUGGGAGUACUGUUCUUAACAUCAGGACAAUAUUAACUUGUUUCAAACUUAACAAGCAAUGAUUGUGAAGAUUUAGUUGUUUAAGUGCAACAUCAAUAUAAAGAAGUGUAAAAACAGGAUUCAUGGAAAGAAUAAGUACAUAAUUAUUGUUUAAAUGAUUGGAUUGCGCGAUCUUCAUUAGCGAAUAAAAGAUUUUAAUCAAUUUUAACUUAGUUACCACAUUAUUUUAAUUUUUCCAGCGUCAUCUUCAUUUUAGUCAUAAUAUUCUUUUUUAGAAAAUCUCAGUUAAUUAUAGACAACGAUUGUGAUAUUAAAGAAAAUACACCUUCUGAUUAUACUUUGAUUGUUAAAGACAUUCCAAAGGAUUGCAAACAAUAAUAAUUAAAAGAGUUUUUUGAAAAGAAGUUUGAGGUCGAAGUUAUGGAAAUAGAUUAUAUCUUCUAUGCUAAUACUCUAAAGGAAUUAGAAUUAGAAUUGGAAGAAAUAGUUAAAUUAUAGAAAAUUGCUCUAGAGAAGAAUGAUAAUGAUCAAUUAUUAAAUUUAAAUGAACAGAAGAAGUAAAAACAAAAUUAGAUUACUGCUGAAGCAUUGAGAAUCUAAUCUGACUUUGAAUUAUUUUCUGGAACAGCAUUUUUGUCUUUGAAAUAUGAGGAUCACAAAUAAAUAAUUUUGAAAUCUUCAAAUUAUAGAACUAAAUAAGUUAUCUCUAAUAUAUUUUUUGGAUGUAUCAUUUAAGAAGCAAAGAGUUUAGAACUUAAUGAUACCUUUAUAAAAGUUGAUCAAGCUCCUGAACCUGGAGAUGUUAUUUGGGAUAAUAUUGUUCACAAUGAUAAUAGGAGGUUUUGGGUUAGAUUGCUUGGUUUCACUUUUUCUUAAAUUGUAAUAGCUUUGUUCUUAAUUACAUUGCUAGAAUUAGCUAAGAUUUAAGCAUAAGAUGCCUCUAAUGUUCCAGCCACUUUAGUAGAUGUAGAAACUGAUUAGGGUGUUGUUUAAGUUUCUUUACCUUCACAAUAAAAAUCUAAGAAUAUGGGCUCUAUGAUAGCAGCCUUAUUAACUACUUUUAUAAAUUCUUUUGUUGUUGGACGUCUUUCUAAUUUUCUUGUGGGUUUUGAAAGUUAUGAAACCUAUUCACUUUAUACUGUAUCAUUAGCUUCCAAAUUGUCAUUAAUGUUGUUUGUUAAUUCAGCUAUUAUUGCAUUUUUAGCAAGCACAAUAUACACUCGUAAUUUAUUUGGUCCAGGUGGUCUCAUUUACACAGAAACAUAUUUUUUCAUGACAAAUGCUAUAAUUCCACCUAUAGUUACUCUUGUUGAUCCAAACAGAAUAGUAAAAUCAUUGAAAAUAUGGUGGAUUAAGAAGUUCAACAAAGCCGUAACUCAAAAAGAAUUAAAUAGUUUAUAUGAACAUAGUGAGCAUAUGAUAGAGUUGAAAUAUGCUGAUAUAAUGAAAACUCUAUUUAUUACAUUUUUCUAUACUCCAUUGACUCCUGCUGGGUAUAUUACUAGUUUUGUGGGUUUGGCAUUAUAUUAUGGAGCAGAAAAAGUAUGAUAUUAAUUAAUAAAUUUAGUAUGUUAUUUGUAAUAGAAUGACUGUUAAGCAUACUCCGUCGGUUCAAUUAUCAAUAUUGAUGACAGAAAUGAUGGAAUAUCUACCAAUUAUUUACGCUGCAGGAUACUUAAUUUUUAACUAUUAAAUAACUGGAAGUACUAGCUAUUGGGCUAUUGCCUCAAUUCUCAUUUCAUUUUUAAGUUCUGUUUUACCAAUGUAAUAUUUUGUUGAAAGUUGUUUUAAACAAGAAGAGCAGGAUGAAACUACAUCGUAUAAUGAGGCGAAAGUGAAUUUUUCAACAACAUAUUCCCUCUAAAAUCCAGUGAAUAAAUAUAAUCAAGAAGAAUAAGUUAUUAAAAGUUAGAUCAAGUCGAAAAGUCAAUCAUAAUUGUGA